CUGCUCGUUAUCCGGCAGACAAGACGAGAGAAGAAUUAAGCAUGUCGACGCCGAGAGCGGCGGCGAGCCUCGCCAAGAAGGCGGCGCUGGUGGCGCUGGCCGUCCUGGCCGCGGCGCUCGCGACGGCGGCGCGCGCCGAGCAGUGCGGCGCGCAGGCCGGCGGCGCCAGGUGCCCGAACUGCCUCUGCUGCAGCCGCUGGGGCUGGUGCGGCACCACCUCCGACUUCUGCGGCGACGGCUGCCAGAGCCAGUGCAGCGGCUGCGGCCCGACGCCGACGCCGACGCCGCCGAGCCCCUCCGACGGCGUGGGCUCCAUCGUGCCCAGGGACCUGUUCGAGCGGCUCCUCCUCCACCGCAACGACGGGGCGUGCCCCGCGCGCGGGUUCUACACCUACGAGGCCUUCCUCGCCGCCGCCGCCGCGUUCCCGGCGUUCGGCGGCACCGGCAACACCGAGACGCGGAAGCGGGAGGUCGCCGCGUUCCUGGGCCAGACCUCCCACGAGACCACCGGCGGGUGGCCGACCGCGCCCGACGGCCCCUUCUCCUGGGGCUACUGCUUCAAGCAGGAGCAGAACCCGCCGUCCGACUACUGCCAGCCCUCGCCGGAGUGGCCGUGCGCCCCCGGCCGCAAGUACUACGGCCGCGGCCCCAUCCAACUCUCCUUCAACUUCAACUACGGGCCGGCGGGGAGGGCGAUCGGGGUGGACCUGCUGAGCAACCCGGACCUGGUGGCGACGGACGCGACGGUGUCGUUCAAGACGGCGCUGUGGUUCUGGAUGACGCCGCAGGGGAACAAGCCGUCGAGCCACGACGUGAUCACGGGGCGGUGGGCGCCCUCGCCGGCCGACGCCGCGGCGGGGCGGGCGCCGGGGUACGGCGUGAUCACCAACAUCGUCAACGGCGGGCUGGAGUGCGGGCACGGCCCCGACGACCGCGUGGCGAACCGGAUCGGCUUCUACCAGCGCUACUGUGGCGCGUUCGGCAUCGGCACCGGCGGCAACCUCGACUGCUACAACCAGAGGCCGUUCAACAGCGGCUCGUCGGUUGGGUUGGCGGAGCAGUGACGACUGACGACGAGAAAAAUAAAAAAUAAAAUGGAAACAUUUGCACGGCCGCAUCCGCAUGUGCCGGUGAAUUGAACGAGCUCCAUCAUGCAUGAUAGUUCAGUUCACGAUGCUAAUAAUAAAGCUGGGCUAUGAAUAAAUUAAUCGUAGUAUAGUAAAUUGGUAUAAAUUGUAGGCGGUGGGAUGUUUGGUUACAAGAUCAACGGAACAAUCGCGUGAAAGGAAACAUAAAAACCCGGAUACUGAGACAAUUGCGAAAACUAUUAUAGAGAAGAUUUAAUCAACGUUGUAACGUUUAACAAUAGAAAUCACAAUGUCAAGAAAAUAAUA